AUGGGUCACUGGAGAGAUAUCUUCAGCGCUAAUGGCGAGCGGGCUCGUCAUCGUCUCCAUAUAGAACAACGUCGAUUGCUACCUGCUUAUAACGUCGACGAAGCUUCUCCCCCACAUCCAUCAAAGGAAAUUACCAAGGUUGCACUGCGGUUGAAGUACCAGGUCGAACAGGUGGUACCGUGCGAGCUCGAGGAGGAUGACCUCACCAACCCGAACAGCCGGAUUAUCACAAAGGAUGUCGUUCAGACCGCCAAGCAGGCUGGGGCUGAUGAACUUCGUGGCUGCGUGGUGUUUGCCCUGCUUGUGUGUAUAAGAUGGUUUAAGUACCAAGCCACGGUUGAGCUUUGGGAUUCGGAUCUGCUUGAGAGUCGAGCCGUUGCAUGUGAGGUUAUUGCCAAGCGCAUCAUUGAGAGCGAAAAGAACCCGGACUUCCUAUUCAAGGACUGCCUGCUCAAGCGUUACUCGUAUUUUGCCGACGGGGAAGAAACCACUCCGACUAACGUCAUCGAACGUUCGGUCGACCUCCAUGCCCUGAGAAUUAUCGGCUCCUCUGGCUAUCAGAAAUGUAUCAAAUAUCUCUGGAAUGGCUGGUAUUGCCAGGAGGAAGGGAACCCGACCAACUUCGUUGAAUACCAGAAGCGGGAUGAUCCUCACUUCUCGACACACUUCCAUCCAGACCGCAUGCGAGCCCCGGUUUAUCAAAACAUAUGCCAAAUCGUCUUCUCGCUGGUGUAUCUCGCUCUGUACUCCGCCGUCAUCAACACAGUCAAUCCGACCGGAGACUUGGACGUUGCAGAGGGGAUUCUUUAUAUCAUGACUUUGGCAUUCAUUUGCGACGAGCUGACCAAGCUAUGGAAAAUUGGAAGAAACUAUUUCGAUUUCUGGAAUGCCUUCAACUCGACAUUGUACACCAUCUUGGCGAUAUCAUUUUUCCUGCGUAUUGUUGCAUUGACGCAUUCUUCCUCUGCCAAUGACGAACAAAGACAGGGGCUGAACAGGCUUAGCUACAACUUCAUAGCCCUUGCAGGUCCGAUGUUCUGGAUGCGUAUGAUGCUUUACCUGGAUUCAAUCCGCUUCUUCGGUGCCAUGUUUGUGGUCUUGAGAGUCAUGAUGAAAGAAAGCAUCAUUUUCUUUGCUCUCCUUUUCGUCGUUCUCGUGGGAUUUUUCCAGGCCUUUGUGGGAAUGGCACAAGUCGAUUCCGAUGUUCCUGUCAUGGGCACUAUCAUCCAAGGAAUGGCCAACAGUAUCAUGCAGAGCCCCGAGUUUGACACGUUCCAGGACUUUGCUUUCCCAUUUGGCAUCAUUCUUUACUAUCUCUUCAACUUUAUUGUCAUGAUCGUCUUGUUGAACAUCCUGAUUGCACUCUACAACAGUGCGUAUGAAGAUAUCUCCGGAAAUGCCGUUGAUGAAUAUAUGGCAAUCUUUGCUCUUAAGACGAUGCAAUUCGUCAGAGCACCAGAUGAGAAUGUCUUCAUUCCUCCCUUAAAUCUCCUCGAAAUCGCCUUCCUGGUGCUCCCGUUUGAAUGGUGGCUUCCUCGCCACUACUACGCCAAGAUCAACGAUGCCAUCAUGUCAAUAAUCUACUCUCCCCUUCUCCUUAUCGUCGCAUCUCUCGAGACGCGCGAGGCCCGUCGGAUCAGAUGGAACCGUCGCCGCGGUGAAGAGGACGAUGACGACGUGCAGGAGUGGGAGCAUGUCGCUGAAGAAGUUGAUUUUGACAUUGAUGAUACCUGGCGGCAGACUGUUCGCGAAUCCACGGCAAAUGUCAAUACUGACACCUGCACUGUGGAGAUUUUCAAGCUGCAGGACCAGGUCAGGGAGUUGACCGAAACUGUUCGGCUUUUGACUAACGAGAGGAACAGCGAGGCUCCGAGGGUGAAUGGUGAGUCGAGUUCUAGCGGAAGUGAACACGAUUAA